CUUGGGUCGGAGCGUGGCCGGACCCCCCCAUCCGCCGAGGCGCCCUGGGAGGACGCGCGUCGAGGCAGGAUCACGGUGGCAGCUGUGAGGGCUGGACACCCAGGUCUCCGGAGUGAACCCUAGGCCCAGCCCCAAUCCGCCACCAUUCCGUGCUGCGGGGACACCAUGGCUCCAGAGGAAGAGGCUGGAGGGGAGGCCCUGGAGGGCAGUUUCUGGGAGGCUGGCAACUACAGGCGGACCGUGCAGCGGGUGGAGGACGGGCACCGGCUCUGCGGGGACCUGAUCAGCUGCUUCCAGGAGCGCGCCCGCAUCGAGAAGGCCUACGCCCAGCAGCUGGCCGACUGGGCCCGCAAGUGGAGGGGUGCCGUGGAGAAGGGCCCCCAGUAUGGCACGCUGGAGAAGGCCUGGCACGCCUUCUUCACGGCGGCCGAGCGGCUGAGCGCGCUGCACCUGGAGGUGCGGGAGAAGCUGCAGGGCCAGGACAGCGAGCGGGUGCGCUCUUGGCAGCGGGGCGCCUUCCACCGGCCUGUGCUGGGUGGCUUCCGCGAGAGCCGGGCGGCCGAGGACGGCUUCCGCAAGGCCCAGAAGCCCUGGCUCAAGAGGCUGAAGGAGGUUGAGGCUUCCAAGAAGAGCUACCACACGGCCCGGAAGGAGGAGAAGACCGCCCAGACGCGGGAGAGCCACGCAAAGGCAGACAGCGCCGUGUCCCAGGAGCAGCUGCGGAAGCUGCAGGAACGGGCGGAGCGCUGCUCCAAGGAGGCGGAGAAGACGAAGACCCAGUAUGAGCAGACCCUGGCGGAGCUGCACCGCUACACCCCACGCUACAUGGAGGACAUGGAGCAGGCCUUCGAGAGCUGCCAGGCGGCCGAGCGCCAGCGGCUUCUCUUCUUCAAGGAUAUGCUGCUCACCUUACACCAGCAUCUGGAUCUCUCCAGCAGUGAGAGGUUCCACGAACUCCACCGAGACCUGCAUCAGGGCAUCGAGGCAGCCAGCGACGAAGAGGACCUGCGCUGGUGGCGAAGCACCCAUGGGCCGGGCAUGGCCAUGAACUGGCCCCAGUUUGAGGAGUGGUCCUUGGACACACAGAGGACGAUCAGCCGGAAGGAGAAGGGUGGCCGGAGCCCUGACGAGGUUACCCUAACCAGCAUCGUACCCACCAGAGAUGGCGCUGCACCCCUGCCCCAGUCCUCAGGGUCCCCGCGUGGCAGACACGAGGAGGAGUGGUCAGAUGAGGAAAACCCCCCCAAGGCUGCCACGGGCGUGCGGGUGCGGGCGCUCUAUGACUACGCGGGGCAAGAAGCCGAUGAGCUCAGCUUCCGAGCAGGGGAGGAGCUGCUGAAGAUGAGCGAGGAGGAUGAACAGGGCUGGUGUCAGGGCCAGCUGCAGAGUGGCCGGAUUGGCCUGUACCCUGCCAACUACGUGGAGUGUGUGGGGGCCUGACCUGCCCUGGCAGCCCUUAUGCAAUGUUUCUCCACCCUGAGUCAGAGCCCAGCUUGUCUGGACAGCCGGACCCGAGGGCCCUGAACCAUCCUGACCCCUGCGACCGCUCUGUCCCUCCAGGAGGGAGGAAGUCCUGGAACCCAGGGAAGGUGGGGGGGCCUUGUGUCUGGGAAGGGACUGGUAGGGAAGGGCCAACUGAGUCUAGGCUGAGGGGAAGAUGGGGAGGUCAGGAAGUGACCGAAAGGCUCAGGGGUGCCUGGGCCUCCCCAAAGGGUCCUCCAGUCUCCCCGGGAGCUGUGGACCCAGUUCCUGGUCUGUUUUGGGGUUCCUGGGGUUGACUUGGGGUGAGUGUAGUUCUGGGCUAGCAACACUCUUGUGGCUUGUUCUAGUGUGUAUUAAACUUCAAAGAAAAAAAAAAA